AUGGUUUCAGUAAGGAAAAGAAAGAUGGCUAGAUCAUCUGUCAAAAAGAAUACCAGAAGAACAAAGGAUAAACAACGUAACAUAAAUGUGUACUCAAAUCCCAUAAUUGCACAGAAUUGGGAUAAAUCAUUAACUUUACAACAAAAUUAUAAACGCUUAGGAUUAAGAGCAAAGUUGGGUCAUAUGGCAGGUGGCGUUGAACAGAAAGUAGAGACAUUGACAGAGCUUAGAAGUAAAAAGAAGAACAAAGAUACAAAUGAAACUGUCACUAUUGAUGAGAUUGAACACACCGAUGAUCCUUCCAAGAUACCUGAAGGUGAAGCAAGAAUUAUAAGGGAUCCAGAAACCAACGAAGUCUUGAAAGUUAUUUACGGAACUAUGAAAGUUGAAGAUGAAGAAAGUGAUGAAGAGGAAGUCGAAAACUCCGUCAUUAAACAACUAGAGGAGUACGCUGAGCAACACAGCAAAGUGAAGAAAGAAAGGCAUCUUUCGGAUAGGGAAAGUGAUUGGUUGAAAUCAUUAUAUGAAAAAUAUGGUGAUGAUUACGAAAAGAUGAAGUGGGACAAGAAACUAAAUAUCUACCAACAAUCUGCAGGUGAUUUAAAAAGAAGAAUCAACAAAUGGAAAAAAGCAAAUGGUUUAUAA